UCAUUUAGCGGAGAGCAGAUUGCAACUAAGUUGCGAGGAAGCUUCAAGGAAGUUGUGCAUGCUAUAAAUUCUGGCUAGGACUGAAAGUUACUCUCUGGCAAAGCUUUAAGUCUAUUCAAGUCUUUCAAGAUGAAUCUUGGCAUUUUUGUAACGAUUCUGGUAGUUUUUUCUCUGUGGAAUACAGCAGAUGCCAACUCUGAUGAGUUGCUGGAUGUGAAAAUUCGUAAUCGCAAGUUUCGACUCCCAGAGUCUGAGGUCCGUGAAAUGCUGAAGACGGCUGCGCUGGAGAAGAAAGGAUUUAAAGUACAGGUUACUACCAAAAUGGUGAAAGAUCUAGUAAGCGGUGAACAACAUUGCCAGACAUCAUACCAGUACCACAAAGAAGUCGAUUGUAAACGUACGCAUAGAGUAGGAAAGCUGUUGAACAACCGCGUACCAGGUGUUUUUGGACGGGAGAUGACCAUGAAAACAAGAGAAGCAAUUCAAACCAGAGGUCUGAACAAGAUGGGAAAAUGUCAAUUUGGACUGGUGAUAGAUAUCAAUAAAGACGAGGGCUGUUUUGGCCUUCAGAAGGAUACUAAAAAGGCAGGCUUGAAACGCGUCAACAAGGAGGAUCCGUCUUCGUUUCCCAAAGUUAGCGUUGAGAUAAAAAAUAUCAUAUGAUAACAAUAACCGCAGCAACAAAGAAACGCACUCUUACUUUCAACAUUUUCAACGCAUUUAAGAAGCAAUACGUCAUGUGGCUCUUAAAGCCUUUAUCUGAUAGACAUAAGAGCCCCAUGACGUAAAAAAAGUACUAUUUGAGGAUGAAUGAACUGUACUUCUAUGCUAUAUUUAAAUGUGUCAACGGUUGGCCUGCAGGAACAAGGAAAAAAACAACAAUAAAGAUAGCAAUAAUGACAACAACAGCGACGAUGAGGGCUAGGAUAAUUACUCGCUCGUGUUAGUGAACAUUUGAUGUAAUACUAGACUUGGUUUUCUUUCGCUGUCUUUGUAGGUUUUCGUCGGUUUUGUAACAAACCUGAUCGUAAACACCCAAGAAUUGAAACAGGACACGGGUGACCUUAUAGUAGUAUCGUCUUAAAUUUUUAUGUAUCAUUCAUAGCGGUUAAAAAAACUAAUUAAACUUGCCGAGAUUAAUCGUCA